GCAUUAGAAUCCAAGUGGUAAAGAACAAGUAAAAUGGAGUCGUCUUCGCCGAUCAUACCCGGCUUGACGGACGACGUAGCGGCGCUCUGCCUUUCACGAAUCCCGCGCUCAAACUUCCGUCUCCUUUCUCAGGUAUGCCGGCGAUGGAAGACAUUCCUCAGGAGCGAGCAUUUCACCGCCGUUCGAAAGUUGACCGGGAGGAUGGAGGAGUUCAUGUGCGUUCUGAUGGAAGAUAUGCCAGGCACAAGCGUGUACUGGGAAGUUUUGGACAGCUCGGGUAACAAUCUGGGACGGAUUCCUAACAUCCCUGACCCUGGGCCACUGAAGUGGGGCUACGGCGUCACGGUGCUUAAAGAGAAGAUCUUGUUCAUCGGUGGAUUUACGGGGAGUAUUGGCAUUCCCCUUGCUUCCCCUGAUGUUUACGAGUUCAAUCCUGCUACUAACAGCUGGAGAAAACUGGCAGACAUGAACAUACCACGUUACAGCUUUUCAUUAGCUGAAGUGGACGGCCUUUUGUAUGUGGUCCAAGGCUUUAGCAAUGAUGGUUAUUGCCUUUUCAACACUGAAGUAUACAACCCGAAAACCAACCAAUGGAGCCUUAUGGAUGGUCCAAACAUACAGGUCGCCAUUGGCUUCGCAUUCGCCUUCAAGUCCAAACUCUACGUUUUAGACAAUGGAACGACCACAAUCGACAUAUAUGACACCAAAACGAAGACAUGGGAAAUGUUAGAAUCAGAUGAAUUAACGGCUGUUUAUUCCUACACUGUUGUAAGGAACAAAGUGUAUUUCUUGGACAGCGAAAGGCCUGGACGUCUGGGAGUGUUUGAUCCUGAGGAGAACUCAUGGACCAGGGUGUUUGUGCCUACAGAGCCGGGAGGUUUCCAGUCCAAAUUAGGGCAGUGGAACAAUAAAGUUCUGCUGUUUUUACGGGGUUCUGUUGGUAAGACCAUAAUUAAUGAUUUUGAUAAAGAGGAAGGGUCCAAGUGGAGAGACUGUGAUCAGAUUAAACUAUCUGGUUAUCACGUCUACAGUGUUCUCAUCAAGUUCUGAUUCCCCCUUCGACUUUAUCCUUUUCUCUAGUGUGUGUGUCUGGCCACAAUUCCCACUCAACUUUGUCAAUGAUAUUCCUACAUGUUUGGUGUGUAAUGAACAAACAUUAAGUUUUGAUAUGGUUUGUAUUUACAAUUGUUGGUUUGAAUAUUGGGCAUGUGCAAAAAGUGAUCUUUUGUUGCGAGUUGUACGAAAAGAGUAAGAGAGUCUCAGAAAUCAUCAGGGGGUGU